UUGUUCUAUAAAUAUAUGAAGUUCCACCCGCAUUCACUUUGAACUGACUUCAAACAAUCUUUAUUUCUGAGUCGAGUACUACUGCCCAAAAUGGUCUUGAAAAACAUCCUCAUCACAGGCUGCAGCGACAAUGGUAUUGGCAGUAUACUUGGCCAGGUGUUUCAUGAGCGUGGAUAUCAUGUUUUCGCUACAGCUCGAAACCCCGCCAAGAUGACAUGGCUGGAAGGACUACACAAUGUCACCCCCGUAGAGCUCGACAUCACUAAGCCAGCCGACAUCAAGGCUGCUGUAGAAAGAGUCUCAAAGGCCACGCGUGGUAAGCUCGACCAUCUAUUCAACAAUGCUGGGAGGAAUCACUUCAUGCCAGUUUUGGACGUGGAACUUGAUGUUGUCCGCGAUCUAUUCGAAUCAAACUACUUCGGCCCGCUCGCGGUCACCCAGGCAUUUGCGCCGUUGCUCAUCAAGGCCAAGGGACAGGUAUCUUUUAUCACAUCAAUCUCUGGCUACGUUAAUACACCGUGGAUGGGUCUCUAUGCCUCAUCGAAGCGCGCCAUCGAGGUCGUGGCUGAUACUCUUCGUCUGGAGCUUGCCCCCUUUGGUGUGACAGUUCUAACGGUAGUAACUGGUGGUGUGAAAUCGUCUGGUCAAACCUAUUUUGACGACCUCAGGCUGCCAGAAGGAUCACUUUAUAGAGGUGUAGAAAAUACUAUCAUUAGCAGGGCAAAGGGAGGUGAUGGUAUGCCUAGGAUGGAAACUAUGGAGUACUGCCGAGCAGUCGUCGAUGAGAUCGAGAAGAACAAAUCUGGGAAGUUCUGGUGUGGAGAAUACGCGGAGAUAGUUAGACAGGGCACUACGGCUGUGGCCGUGCCACUGGAAGUUAUGGAUUCUCAAAUGAUUCAGGGAACUGGACUCGACAGCUGGAAGUCGUAGGGAGCGAGGUAGUUCGAUUGCGUGUUACACAUGUGGCUUUUUGUAAACAAGUCCUGCUAAAUCUCUGCGUUUAUAGUAACUGUGUAAGAACCGGCUUUCAACAAAGCUCCUACCAUUCUAAUUAAGUCAAGGGUAGCGAUGUCAUCAGCGCUAUCAAGCCAGAGGCAACUCUAUAGACUUUAGAAGAAGCUUCUGUAAUUGUGUUUAAGCUGCGGGUGUGAGUACUAGAGAACUGUAAAAAACGAGUUACACUUUAUGUACAUAGUAGGUGUUGGGAUCGAGAGGUAGCUGGAACAAUACGUGGUUGUUA